UUAUCUUUAAACCGUUCCUGAUGACAACCAAUCAGAUGUAGGGGCGUUUCUAAGCUCCUCCCACUGCUGCGUGUUAAAGGCGAGUGAUUUUAAUCUGCGCUUUUCUUCAGAAACUCCAGAGCUGAAACAACAACACAACAAACUGCUAAAUACCAGCUCAGGUCAGGAUGCUGAAGGGAAAAGUGGCCGUAGUGACCGGCUCGGCUCAGGGUCUGGGAAAAGCCUUCACACACAUCCUGCUGGAGAACGGAGCUCAGGUGGCCAUGCUGGAUGUGAAUGAGGUGAUGGGUCAGGAGCUGCAGGUCCAGUUGAAUCAGCAGUAUGGAUCGGACCGAACGCAGUUCUUUAAAGCAGACGUGUCAUUGGAUCAGCAGUUUACAGAUGUGUUCCAGAAGAUUCUCAGUAAGUUAGGUCACAUUGAUGUGUGGUGUAAUAACGCUGGCAUUGCUGAUGAGAAGAGCUGGGAGAAAACCGUCUCCAUAAACCUGUCAGGAGUGGUGAGAGGAACAUAUUUGGUCCUGGAGCACAUGAAAAAGCAGAACGGUGGAAAUGGAGGAGUUAUUAUCAACGUUGCAUCACUGGCAGGUCUUGGUCCAUUUCCAUCAGCUCCAGUUUACACAGCAACCAAACAUGGUGUGGUGGGCUUCACCCGCGCUCUCGCGGUGGCAUCUCAGGUGGCAGGAUAUGGGGUGAGGAUUAAUGCUCUGUGUCCAAGUUUCGUCCGGACAGCACUGAUUGAUUCGUUUAAACAAGAGGACAAAACAGGACAAUUUCACACUCUGCUUCCUUUUACACAGAGUCUGAUGGACAAGUACAUCAUCAUUGAGGUGGAGCAGGUGGCGAAGGCGUUCCUCCUCCUGGUGAAGGAUGAGAGUGUGAAUGGAGCGGCUCUCACGGUGACGAGUGAAGGUGCAGCGUAUGUCACCUUCCCUAAAGAAGUGGAGACCACGCCCAUCUCUCUGUAACCAUAGAAACCUUUUAGUCCUGGACCAAUCACUUUCUCUUCUAAAACAAAUCAGUUUUUGAUUCCAGAUUCCUGCUGAUGUGUUUAAUAACCCUGUGUGUGAAGUGUGUUUAUUAUCUCACUAAUCUGCUCUGAAUGUUCUUCUGAUGAUCUCCCAAUGUUCUUCUGAUGAUCUCCCAAUGUUCUUCUGAUGAUCUCCCAAUGUUCUUCUGAUGAUCUCCCAAUGUUCUUCUGAUGAUCUCCCAAUGUUAGUCUACAUCUGGAAAAACUACACCGAAAUAAAGAUUUCGGAAUUUUUGAUUAAACAAA